AUGUUAGGUCCAAAGGGUUUGCGUGGCAGCAAAGGUGGAAAGGGUGACUUUGGAUUGCCUGGAGUGAGAGGAGAAAGGGGGAGUGUUCUUCAAAUCCAAGGACCCCGUGGAUUUAAGGGUUCCAAAGGAGGGGCGGGUGAGCGUGGCCCACCAGGUUUUGAUGGAGAUAAAGGAGAAAAGGGCGAGGACGGUCCUCCUGGAGUCAAGGGCAUAAAGGGUGAUGCAGGAACUAAGGGGGCAUUGGGACGUUUUGGAGCACGAGGACCAGUAGGCCAGAAGGGAGAUUCAGGAGAGCCUGGAAUAAAUGGAGAAAUGGGUCUCAAUGGGGAUCAUGGAGUGGAUGGGGCCAAGGGGGACAAAGGAGACAUAGGACUGUUCGGCCACAAGGGAAAUCAGGGUGAUGCAGGAGAACCAGGCUUACCGGGAAGCAUAGGGGAGAAUGGAGAAAAGGGUUUCAGAGGUCUACCGGGACGCAUUGGGAGUCCAGGCCUUGAUGGAGAACAGGGAGAUUUGGGGUUACACGGCACGCCUGGUAUACCUGGGCUGAAUGGACUCACAGGACGCAAGGGUGAUAAGGGACAAGGAGGCGUUAAUGGUGUUGAUGGUAAAUCAGGAGUGAAAGGAGAUAAGGGUACCGCAGGUUUCCCAGGAUUCCCAGGGUUUAAGGGGUCGGAAGGGAAAACAGGAAUGGACGGAGAUGAGGGAAUGCCAGGAAACCCCGGACCCCGCGGGGGAACAGGGCGGAGGGGGGAGAGGGGCAGAAGAGGCAGAGUGAAGACGUGUCAGAGAGGAGCCCCUGGGACAACAGGACUCAGAGGAGAGAGUGGUACACUGGGCAUUGAAGGAGGAAAAGGGGAGAAGGGGGAGCCUGGACUCUCGGCUGAAGAAUUGAAGGAGAUAGUCACUCAGGAGGUGGUAGAGAAGUGCGGAUUGGAAUACAAGUUCAUGGUGAAGUCUGUGGAUCCAGAUGGAACCACCGCAGUGACUGAGAAUAAAAAACAUCCGGUUGAUGUAGUGACACCCGUCAACCCUGACCUCCCUGAAGAAGGGGUGGAGGAGGGAGGGGGAGACAAACUGGGAGAAGUGACCACUGCUGCCCCUGUGCUCCUACCAAACAGCACUGAUUCUCUUGAGGGGACUGCUGAGUGGAGACAGAGGAAGAAAAGAAGGGUACUUGGAACCAACACAGCUGCAGAGCGCUGCCUGGAGCCGAUGUCAGAGGGGGCCUGCUCAGAGUUUGUUCUCCUCUGGUACUUCCACCCUCACUCAGGGGAGUGCAGGCCGUUUGUGUACGGGGGCUGUGGAGGAAACACAAACCAAUUCUCUUCAAGACAAGAGUGCCAGAGUUGGUGUGGGGUGGAGAGGAGAGGUACGAAUCCUGGAGAGGAAACAAUCAACCAAAAAUGAGGAAAUCAUUUGUGUACAUAACUUUGUAAAAUGUUCGAAUCGUGUGUUUUUUUGUGGAUUUAUUUAUAUAUUUUAACGGCUUGAUUUUUUUAGAGACAAAGUGUUGAAAAUCGAAAUGUGAAUUUUAUAUACUUUUAUUCUGAAAUAGACUGACAUUAGACUGAGUUUUUG